AACGCUAAUUAAAAAGAGGGACCACAGCCAAAAAACCGGCAACAGAUCUCCAGAAAAUCAGACGGUUCAUAUAAUAUCAUCGUGUACGUGAAAACCCUUUUCAUCAAAAUUCUUUUGAAUCUUGCUUUGUCCUCUCUAAUUUUCCUUUUUGCAUGGCGAAUUCCAAUAUUGUAAUUAAGCAAGAAAUUUUGGAUGAUAAUAGAGGGUUUACGAAGAAGCCGCCGGAGAAAUCUUCACCGGCGCCUCAAUCGGUGUUUAUUGAUCUAACUAGUAGUGAUGAUUCCGACUCCGAUUCCGGUUCCGAUUCCGGUAGUCUUUCCGGUAAUGGUAGUAAUAGGCCGAAGAAGAAGAGGAAGAGUGUACAGGAUGUGAACUUCGCAUUGCCUUUGGGAUUUUUGGAUCCUUUGCCACCGCCUAAGGAACCUCCAUUGCAGUUACCGGCUCCGCCUAAUGGAAGUAAUAGGGAUUUAAGUGUUUCGGGGAGUAAUUGCAAGCAGUUUUGGAAGGCUGGAGAUUAUGAAGGGUCUCCUUCUGCUAGUUCAGGACUAAAAUCAGGUGGUAUAGAUCAUGUCCGAGUUCAUCCCAAAUUCCUACACUCCAAUGCCACAAGUCACAAGUGGGUACUUGGAGCUCUUGCUGAGCUUUUGGACAAUUCAUUGGAUGAGGUGUCCAAUGGAGCAACAUAUGUGAACAUUGAUAUGGUCAAAAACAAAAAGGAUGGGAGCAGAAUGCUUCUGAUUGAAGAUAAUGGUGGUGGGAUGGAUCCUGAGCGAAUGAGGCAUUGCAUGUCUCUGGGAUAUUCUGUGAAAAGCAAAAUGGCUGAUACUAUUGGGCAGUAUGGAAAUGGAUUCAAGACAAGUACCAUGAGACUUGGAGCUGAUGUGAUUGUUUUCUCUCGUUCUGGUGGGAAGCCAGGGAAAAGCCCCACACAGAGCAUUGGAUUGCUGUCCUACACAUUCUUGCGAAACAAAGGAAUGGAAGACAUCAUUGUUCCCAUGCUUGACUACGAAAAAAGAGAAGGGUGGGACAAGAUAAUACGAUCAUCUCCUGGUGACUGGGAUAAAAAUCUUGAGACCAUAGUUGAGUGGUCCCCUUUUUCAAGUGAAGUUGAUCUUCUUAGACAGUUUAAUCCGAUGAAAGGUCAAGGCACUCGGAUUAUAGUGUACAAUUUGUGGGAGGAUGACCAAGGACUACUCGAGCUAGAUUUUGAUGCUGAUCCACAUGAUAUUCAAAUAAGAGGAGUCAACCGUGAUGAGAGGAGCAUACAGAUGGCCAAACAGUAUCCGAACUCCCGGCAUUUCUUGACAUAUAGACAUUCACUAAGGAGCUAUGCAUCAAUUCUAUACCUAAGAGUUGCUCCUGGCUUUCGGAUUAUUCUGCGGGGUAAAGAUGUUGAGCACCAUAACAUAGUAAAUGAUAUGAUGAUGACCCAAGAGGUCACGUAUCGCCCUAUGCCUGGUGCGGAUGGAGUACCCAAAGAUUCCAAUAUGGUGGCUACUGUGAAAAUUGGGUUUGUAAAGGAUGCUAAAUCCCAUAUUGAUGUUCAAGGGUUUAAUGUCUAUCACAAAAAUAGACUUAUUAAGCCAUUUUGGAGGCUUUGGCAUGCUCCUGGAAGUGACGGGCGUGGAGUUAUAGGUGUAUUGGAAGCCAAUUUUGUUGAACCAGCACAUGACAAGCAAGGGUUUGAGCGUACGACAGUUCUUUCAAGACUUGAAGCACGAUUAGUGCAGAUGCAGAAAACUUACUGGUCAACUCUUUGUCACAAAAUUGGGUAUGCUCCUAGGCGGAAUAGGAAAGCUAUUGCACGAGAGAAUUCUCCUGAUUAUCUUCCUUCAGCAUCUCAAUCGAAACAUAAUAGUUCCGGAAAGUCAUCUGAGAAGAGCAAUGGUGUUGGGCACCUUAAUGGCAAGCAUGAUGGCAAAACCAGAAGAUCUAGAAACAUACCAAGUUCUUUGGAGCCAUCAACUUCUGCCGAAGAUGACAGCGAUGAUAGUGUCCAAGUUGUCCUUCCAAAGAAUCAACCAGGUGGACAUCAGAAGCAUACUAAUGGAAAAGAUGGCUAUCAACCAGGUGGACAUCAGAAGCAUACUAAUGGAAAAGAUGGCUAUCAACCAGGUGGACAUCAGAAGCAUACUAAUGGAAAAGAUGGCUAUCAACCAGGUGGACAUCAGAAGCAUACUAAUGGAAAAGAUGGCUAUCAACCAGGUGGACAUCAGAAGCAUACUAAUGGAAAAGAUGGCUAUCAACCAGGUGGACAUCAGAAGCAUACUAAUGGAAAAGAUGGCUAUCAACCAGGUGGACAUCAGAAGCAUACUAAUGGAAAAGAUGGCUAUCAACCAGGUGGACAUCAGAAGCAUACUAAUGGAAAAGAUGGCUAUCAACCAGGUGGACAUCAGAAGCAUACUAAUGGAAAAGAUGGCUAUCAACCAGGUGGACAUCAGAAGCAUACUAAUGGAAAAGAUGGCUAUCAACCAGGUGGACAUCAGAAGCAUACUAAUGGAAAAGAUGGCUAUCAACCAGGUGGACAUCAGAAGCAUACUAAUGGAAAAGAUGGCUAUCAACCAGGUGGACAUCAGAAGCAUACUAAUGGAAAAGAUGGCUCUCGGGUUAUGCAUUCACCGCCAGGCUUUGGACAAAGAGUUGCUGAGCAAGUAUGUUCUCCUGGUGGAAGCCUCAAGCGAGUUACUAGAAGUUCAAGAUCAAAGGGAGAUGCUGAUGAGAAUGAGGGCAUGCUGCCAGAUAACCUCACGGAGUCUCUAGAGCAGUUAAAAGCAGAGAAUCGUGAGCUUAAAGAAAGGUUGCGGAGGAAAGAGGAAGAGAUUUUAGGUGAUUUGUUACGUGAUUUACAACUUGAAAGAGAGAGAUCCAAAUCACUUGAAGCUCAGCUGCAGGAGUCGACUAGAAAAAUAGAGGAACUUAACAAGGAGCAAGAAAGUUUAAUAGACAUAUUCACGGAGGAGAGACAACGCCGUGAUAUGGAGGAGGAGAACUUGAGAAAGAAGUUGAAGGAUGCAUCAAAUACUAUACAAGAGCUUCUUGACAAGGUGCAGGUUCUGGAGAAGACAAGGUCUGUCAAUCAUAGGUAGUUUAAAUCAUCUAAGGAACUCACAGUCUCUCUUGGUUGUCCAUGCUGUAUAUAUUAUGAGUGAGCCAUAGCACCAAAAUCCGUAGGAACGUUAUUUUGGUGCAGUGGUUUUAACCUAAUUGUGUUUCCACUGCUCUUGAGCUCCGGGCACACAGGCAUUGCUCAUUUCUUCUCCAAGUUUCGGUUGUCUUGCCUAGUAGGGUGGUUUAGAGUGAACCUCGAUUCCCUAUUAUCUUUAGAACCUGAAGCCUCUCCCCUCUUCUUAGCUUUGAGGUGUGCUAGAAUUGACAUUUUCUGUUGCCUUGCAAGGUUAGGAGAAAUAUCAAUGCCAAUUUUUUUCUCAGGAAGAUGUGCCACUGUUUUGUAAAUAUUCUAGAAAAUGGCAAGACUUAUUGCCCUCUAAUUUCUAAUUUGAUGGAGAUGCUGGUGACAUUCUUUAUUUUUAUCCAACAACUUUGCAGUGAUAAUUUCAAUAUCUUUGCUGUGAUA